AUGGACAUUGUAAAACGCCAUAUCUCGCUCCUCGCUACGGCAAUUGCUAUAUCAUCCAUCCCAUUCUUUGGCCUGAUAUGGCUAACUCGCCCAAAAAACAAAUCAGUCCCAGGCCCACAAUUCUCCCUCCAAUUCCUCAAGCAAGUUAUGGCACACCGCAAAAACAACUCUAUGCACGAGUAUCUCGCCUCCGCAUCCAAAGCAUAUGGUCCCAUCGUCCGACUACCAGCUCCCAUUUUCGGUUUAAUGGAAGUCAUCUUACUCAGUGACGCCCCCGAAUCCAAAAGAAUCCUAAGCUCGCAGACCGAAUUUGAUCGUACCACGUUAAUGAAACGACUGUCAUUGUCUCCUCAUGCUCUGCCUGCUUUGGUUGGUGAUGAACAUAAACGACAUCGCAAAAUCUUGCAGCCUGCUUUUGCGCCAAAGACUUUUAGGCAGGUGCCUGCUGUUGUUGAUAAGGCUAUGCAGGAGCUGUUUGGGAUUUGGGAGAGGAAACGCCUGAAUGGGGAUCGGAUUGUUGAUGCAUCUGUACAUAUGAAGAGUCUCGUAGUCGAAGCACUUGGUGAAAUUCUGUUUGGAUAUCGUUUCGGAGGUGUCGCGGCCUUGGAAGCAGGGACCAUUGACAAGAAGUUUGAAAAUGCAGUCUUCCAGUUUGGACUCUUGACUACACGAAGAGCUCUCGUACCGAAGUUCUUGUGGGGAGUAGUUGGUUUGGCACCGUCACAAGUACAAAAACAAGUUGCUCCCUUAUUGGACAUGUUGGAAUCAAUGAUUCAAAAGAAGAAGAAGGAUCAAUUGGAAGCUACCAGUGAUUCAGACAAGCCAAAGGACUUUUUGGACUUUUUGUUGUCUAUGAAUACCGAUGGUGAUGGGAAAUUCACUCACGAUGAAAUCAUUGACGAGUGUGUCACCUUUUACUUGGGAGCACAAGGAACAACACCCGGAACACUCGGCUUCUUGAUCUACGAACUAUCCCUCAAUCCAGAACUGACUCAACGUCUCCAAGAAGAACUGGAUGAAGAACUGGGUGCUGAUGGAAACGGAGUUGUGACUACUGAACUCAGAUCAAGGCAAACACUUACUCAGUCUAAUGCAUUCUUGUUCUCUUUAUGUAUGUUUUUGUUUCGGCCACUAACUCCGCCUUCCGAUUUUUCCAGACUCUUACACAACAUUGUCCAAGAAUCUCUCCGUCUACAUCCAAGUUUCAACCCCGCCACACGUAUUGCCCUUGAAGAUACAAUGAUUCUGGGCCACAAGAUUGCCAAAGGGACAAACAUACGAGUCUUUCCUAUGGCGGUACACCAAAACAGUGCUUCGUGGAAUGAUCCAACUAGAUUUGAUCCUGAUCGAUGGAAUCAGGGAGCACAUAUUGCGGGCAGUUUCUUGCCUUUUGGAGAUGGGAUUUAUCAUUGUAUCGGCAAAGGAAUUGCACAAUCUCUGUUAAAGACUAUCGCUGCUGGAUUGUUUUACAAGUACACGCCAAGACUCAUGGAUCCAAAUAUUCAAGUCAAGACCAACUUGAAUUCUACAUCUAUUCAUAACCUCAUGGUUGAAUUUGUGCCUCGUCGCUGA